GGUUCUGUCAGAAACAGCUGGUUUUCAUUACGAAAUCGCGGGUUUACCGGAAAAAAAUGGCUGCCGGUCAGAAACUUCUCGGGAUAGUUUGGCGGUCGGAGGCGGUUUGUAGAACUCUGUUGACGCUGGUGUGGUUGUACACGUUAUGGUCGGAUGUUGUGUUAAGCUUACCGGAGGAUGACUGGGAUAUUCAUCGCGAUAUCAGACAUCGUCACGGCCAUGCGAUGACGGUGACAUCUCUCAGAGGAAGACCGGUUGCGACUAACUUCCGGUCUGAUGGAUUGUGGGAAGAGCUGAGUAAACUUGGCGUAUCGGACCCGGAUGAAGGUCUCCCUGAUUUUAACGUUGACGUCACAGAGGAUACCGAGGAAGUCCCUACUGAAACUGAGCCAGUUGAGUCUACGGAGGAGGAGAGAAUGCAAGUAGAAGACGAUGAAGACUUGAUCCACGAACUUGAGAGGGAUGUAGUAACCGACAACGUCACUACAGAAGAAGUCAAACUCGGAGUGAACUACAUGCUAGAGUUUGGCUACCUGCCAAAAGAGAUGGUCAACAGUACGCAUGCGUCGGUCGUGAAAAGCCGAGGGAAGCGGAUGGUGGCCGAGGCCGUCCGAAGCGUCCAGAAGAGCUACGGUCUCCUAGCAACGGGCAUUCUCAACCCCGCCACGCUUGCAGCCAUACGCAAGCCGCGGUGUGGCGUGCCUGACGUGCUGGCGCGGUACGCCCUGUCUGGGACCAAGUGGGCCAAGAACGAUCUGACGUACAGACUUGAGUCCCUGACGUCCCACCUGACGGAGACCGAGGCGCGGGAGGCCAUCCGGGACGCGUUCCGGGUUUGGUCAGACUACACCCCGCUCACCUUCACAGCCGUCCCGUCAGGCAGGGCCGACAUCAUCAUCAAGUUCUCCACAGGAGACCACCAGGACGGGUCGCCUUUCGACGGCAGGUUUGACUUCCACACCGGGCGCGGCCUGAGGCUGGCGCACGCCUUCCAGCCCCCUCGCGACUCCAACACGUACUACAUCGACGGCGAUACGCACUUUGACGCGGACGAGCUGUGGACGCUGAACAGCCCUGAGGGAACCAACCUGUUCCAAGUGGCUGUUCACGAGUUCGGCCACGCCCUGGGCCUGAGCCACACCCCCGUGCCGGGGACCAUCAUGUUCCCCGCCUACAUCUACAAGGACAACCCCUGCAUGCACCCGGACGACAAGAUGGCCAUACAGAGUCUUUAUGGUAAAGACGAAAAGCCCAACCCGAUCAUCCCCGAGUGCAGUCCUCUCCCGGACCGCUGCCGACGUCCGGAGUUCGACGCCGUCUUCCAGUUCCGGGGGGAGUUGUUCUUCUUAAAGGAUGUGUACUUUUUCCGCAUCAACCAGAGGAAUAACCGCGUGUCCGGCCCGGACCCCAUCACGCACUUCUGGUCCGGACUGCCCAACAAGAUAGACGCGGCGUACGAGAGGAUCCACGAUGGCAAGCUCAUCUUCUUCAGCGGGAACCUGUUCUGGUUGUUCGAGGGCGUGCUGCCGGAGCCGGGGUAUCCCCAGCCCAUCUCUCGGUUCGGCCUGCCGGUGGACUCCGUGGACGCCGCGCUGCCAUGGCGACCUUCCGGGAAAACCUACUUCUUCAAGGACGAGUACUACUGGCGCUAUGACGAGUUGAAGGGAGAGAUAGACCCCGGGUUCCCCCGACCCAUCACGGUGUGGAGAGGACUGCCCACUCAUAUCGACGCCGCUUUUGAAGCGACGGAGGAUGGCCACGUGUAUGUCUUCAAGGGCCAGCACUACUGGAAGUACAGCGAGACGCGUUACCGCGUGGUUAGGGGCUAUCCUCGCGAGACUUCGGACGGCUGGAUGGGAUGUUAGUGACGUCAUCACGCAUGGCAUCAUGGGAGUGUGAGAUCAAGAUGAUUUUGUUUGUUUGUUUUCAUCGCUCAUUUAAAAAAAAUUCUUCCCAAUCUUCGCUAUCUCUGAUUUAAACAUAAUCUUAUUGGUUUUAUUUCAACCCGAAUCUGUUUUACACAAAAUGAUAUUACCAUGCAUUUUAUCUUUACUUGUCUGUGUAAUACUAUUGGUAAGCCUUUGAAUAUAUUAAAGAGUGUAUUUUA